AUGGACGCCCUGCGCGACGCUCUGGGCAGCUGGAGACGAGAACCAGCACACUACCUCCCGCUCGCGAGGAGUUCAAACGCCAGCACCGUCUUUGACUUUCCUCCCUCAUCGCUCGACGACCCCGAGAAGCGGCAGCGGAGACGGUCACGGAGUGGAAGCGCGUCGGCAGGCUUGGCAGCAGCGAGGCGGAGGUCAGCCAGCCUCGACGACGACUCGCGCGACCAGUCUCCCUCGCGACUCGUCGAUGCGGACCCUUCAUCCCCCGUCGACCACCCUCACUGGAGUCGACGACACCGUCAUGUUCUCGCCGUCGUCCUCGCCAUCGCCGCUUUCGCCGGCGUCUACUCGCUUACGACGCCCGAAGUUCUCGAAAAGGCGCGGACAACCGUAGGCAAAGGCUGGGACCGCGUAACGGGCGGUCACUUUUCCUCGACAGCAUCAAAAGAGUCGCACUACUUCCCUUCAUCCGACGAACUCCCGCCAGGCGCCUCAACCUGGGAACCGGCAUGUUCUCCCUCGACCUGGUCGUCCGGGAACUGGACUCCCCUCGACCCUCCUCUCCGACCACACACCUCCAUCUGGGACGCCUCACCCGACUUUCACGCCGGCGCAUGCGCGCAAAACUGGCACCGAGGAGCAUGGUACCUCGGUGUCGUCCCGCCCGGUACCGAGCCAGGCGUCGAGGGUGAAGCGCAGGCGGAUGGGCAGUGGCCUAUGAGCGGGUACAGGCGGAGAGCGGCGGGAUAUAGGUGGCAGGCGGGGAGCGAGACGUGUCAGGCUGAGGUGGAGCAGCCUUGGUUGGCGAGGGAGGGGGACGAGGAGGAUGAGGGAACGGUCAAGCUUUUGCAGGACCUCGUCGACCGAGGAGCGUGGCUCAUCUACGGAGACUCGCUCUCCGAACAACAAUUCUUCUCCCUCUCGUGCGCGCUCUACCCGCACGUCCGUGCCGUCUGGCCGUACCCGAGCAUGAGCGAGUGGCGGCAGGUCAAGGAGGAGCACCUCUUCCUUCUCCCGGACAGUCCGCUUGUGAAGAGCGGGAAGCUCAGGGUCCCGGAGGAUUGGGAUUACGAUGGCUCGCCGCUAGUCAGCCACGUCAGGACGGAUCACGGGCUCGCGCCAGACGAGCUCAUCUCGCUCUUCGAGACGGUGCACGCCAAAUCCGCUCCUCGCGCCUUCACCGCCCUCUACCCGAAUCUUACCUCCCUGCCGCCUUUCUCACCACCCGAAGCCCUCCUCACCGAUGUCGAAACCUUUUCGCCCUCGCUCGACUACACCCUCCAACUCUUCCUCCGACCCUCGCAAUACCGCAACAUCUCGACCUCGAUCUCGCCCUCCUACGCACCCUCGACCACUCCACCCGACGCGCUCGAGAUCGAGCGCCAAGCAACCCGUUCAGGCUCAUACCGCGCCCUAAUCUUCGCCACCGGCGCACACUUCUCAGCGCGGCACUUCAACCUCCCUUUCAAGCCCGAAGGCGGACCGAACGCACAAAUCGAGUUCUUCGACCUCGCGUUGAGGGAGUUGUUAAAUCGGUUUGCGAGGGCGUUGGAGAGUGCGACGGAGGAGGAGAGGAGCGGGAAGGAGGUGGUUGUUCGUCCGACGACCAUGGGACAUGAUGAUUGUCAUGACGCUGAGGGACCGCUGGCUGAGGAGGACGAGAAGAAGAGUAGUUGGUGGAGCUGGCCGGACAUGUGGAGGAUGAACGAGCACGGAGCCAACAUCGUCCGCGAUUUCAACCACCCGCUAAUCACCUGGCUCGACAUCUCCCGACCCACCAACCUCCGUCCCGACGCCCACACCAACGACGACUGCCUUCACCUCAGCGCCGGAACAGGCGUCGUAGAAGGCUGGACGCAUUAUAUGGCCUAUUGGCUGCGCGAGAGGGCGGCUUGGCUCGACCAGGGGCGAUGA